AUGAUGCAAAGUGCGGCGGUUCUACCAGCAGAGAAUCCAGUGAAGGGUUUACCGGAGAUACUCGGUGUGCCAAUGCAACAGAUCCCUCAGUGUGCGGGCUGCAGCCAACACAUCCUGGAUAAGUUCAUCCUCAAGGUGCUGGACCGACACUGGCACUCCAAGUGUCUCAAGUGCGCCGACUGCCAAACGCCGCUGGCGGACAAGUGUUUCUCGCGGGCGGGGAAUGUAUACUGCAAGGAGGACUUCUUCAAGCGUUUUGGGACAAAGUGUGCCUCGUGCCAGCAGGGGAUCCCUCCGACGCAAGUGGUGCGAAAGGCGCAGGACUUUGUGUACCACCUGCACUGCUUCUCCUGCGUCAUGUGCAGUCGGCAGCUUGCCACCGGGGAUGAGUUUUACCUCAUGGAAGACGGCCGGCUCGUCUGCAAGGAGGACUACGAGACCGCUAAACAAAAUGAUGAUUCCGAGGCUGGAGCCAAGCGUCCUCGCACGACCAUCACCGCUAAGCAGCUGGAGACCCUAAAGAGCGCGUACAAGAACUCUCCCAAGCCGGCACGCCACGUCCGUGAGCAGUUGUCCUCAGAGACCGGCCUGGACAUGAGGGUGGUACAGGUGUGGUUCCAGAACCGCAGGGCGAAGGAGAAGCGCUUGAAGAAAGAUGCUGGUCGGCACCGCUGGGGGCAGUUUUACAAGAGCGUCAAGAGGAACCGGGGUUCUACCAAAGCCGAAAAGGAGAGCUCAGCGGACGACGCGGGCCUCAGCGACAGCGAGCUCAGCUUCAGGGAGGACCAGAUCCUGUCUGACCUGGGUCAUACCAACGGGCUUUACGGGAGCGUGGGCGACGUGGCCAACGGAGGCAUGCUGAAUGGAGGCUUCUCAUUGGACGCCGCUGGACAGCCCUAUCACGACAUGAGGGCGGGCAGUCCUUACGGCCUCCCCCAAUCACCUUCCUCCAUCACCUCCCUGUCCGGCCACACUCCCCUGCUCAACAACCUGGGCUUCUCCAUGGACAGUCUGGUGGGGCCUGGGGGGCCGGGGAACCCGGGGGGGCCAGGGGGUGUGGGGCAGGCCCUAAGGGCCAUGGCUGGGGGGCCAAACUCUGACCUCUCCACAGGAAGCAGCACAGGCUACCCAGACUUCCCAACUAGCCCUGCCUCCUGGCUGGACGAGAUGGACCAUUCCCAGUUCUGA